GGGUGGCUAGUUUCACUUGUGCAUGUGUUAAUGGGUAUACAGGAGCUGACUGUUCAACAAACAUAGACGACUGUGCCUCAACGCCUUGUCUUAAUGGUGGGACCUGCACAGAUGGGGUGGCUAGUUUCACUUGUGCGUGUGUUAAUGGGUAUACAGGCCUAAGCUGUCAAUCAGACAUCAAUGAAUGCACUGCUGUAACCCACAUGUGUGUUCUGGGUUCUACUUGCAUAAACAAUCCAGGGUCUUAUACUUGUCAAUGCCCUGAGGGUACUUUUGGUGAUGGUAUAACAGGAUGCACUAACAUCGACUACUGCCAAGGUGUUGACUGCGUAAAUGGAAGUUGUGUUAACUUACCGACAUCUUAUGAGUGUCAAUGUAACUCUGGUUGGACGAAAUCACCCGGAGGCGCAGUAUGUGACACCGAUGUUUUGGAAUGUACGCUAGAUCCGUCCAGGUGCAACAACGGGCAAUGUAUUGAACAACUCGGAUCCUUCUCAUGUUCGUGUCAAGCAGGAUGGGAAGGUUCUGCGUGCAACACGAACAUCAACGAAUGUUCGGGAAAUAUGAACAACUGCGAUGGCAACGCAACUUGUACGGACACCGCUGGAUCGUUCACAUGCGCUUGCAAUGCAGGUUAUCGGGGCGAUGGGUUGACUUGUUAUGAAUAUAUUUUGUUCCUACUUCCAAACCCUACUACGAUCACUAAUCGAAAUCGGAACCGCCGAAUACGGUUCGACAUCCCAAUCCCGUUCGGAAGUGAGUUCUUCGACUCAUUGUUCAUCAGUGAGAACGGAGUUAUCUUAUUCUCAAGGAACAACCAAAACCGAGUUCGAAACGCAGAGUUUGCGACGCCCAUACAAAACCCAUCAGGAAACAUUAGGUUUAUUGCUCCAUUCUGGGACAACUUGGCUGGAGGGACGCUCAGGUUUCAGUUGGAUCAAAACUCGGCCGGCAUCGGCAACACAACAUGUGACUUGCCGCGCAUCAAUGAUUUGAUUAGGAAUCAUCUUUCAAUCAAUUUUACCGCCAAGAUGGUUCUUCGUAUUGAAUGGGACGCUCUGACCAUCUUCCCCCCAUCAUUGUAUCCAAACAGUGCCAGCACAUUCCAAACCAUCAUUCUUUCCGACGGUUUGAAGACGAUUGUUCUGUUCGCUUACCAAGGGGGAUUAAUGACUUACGUGCCCGAUUCCACACAGAGAACCGCCAGCAACGUAGGGAUGGGUUUCUACAAUAACUUAGGAUCGCAACAUUACUCAACUGGGAACUAUUUCCCACACCUUGGUUCAAAUAUUGGUACCAAUGGUUUAUACUUGUACUUGUUCGACCCCGGCACUACGAGAGAAACUUCCUGUAUCAACUGGUACAACACUCAAUCUCUACCCUGGAUCACACCUUUCCGAUUCUCGUGUCCUUGGACUUUGUUCCAAAUGUUCAGAGACCGCAGAUGGUUGUAUCAAUUCCGUGCUGAUGUGUUUAAACAAUCCUACCCAAGCUAUUUCCGACGAAAUUCUGUAUGUUUCCAACGAACAUUUGGAUUGAUCGGAUCACCUGCCGGACCUCGUUGCUGCUACCAUACCCACUCUGGAGCUUUCCUGGUGGGAUCCCACAGUCACUACGAACUAUACCAAUUCCCCAGCUUUUUACCACAAUCCAACUACAACGCAUCAUACAACAGCUACUUAAACAAUGAAAUUAUUCCCUAUGACAAUUGCUGCAAUGCUCGAGAAGAUGUUUUCCCAUAUUACUGCGGCUUGUACGAAGCAGUUCGACCAAAAACCUUCAGCUUUUUAUAUCGACCACAAAGAUUCUCUUGGUUCUUUGGUGACCCCCAUGUCGUCAAUUUGUUCAAUGUUGAAUACACAUUUAACGGUUUGGGCGAAUUCUACCUCAUCUAUCUUCCGUCCCAGUUCGUCUUACAAGGCCGUACAGAGCGGGCUGUGAAUGCUAAUGGGACGCAAACAGAGGCGACAUUUUUCACGUCUUUCGUUGCUCGUGAUACGGUUAACAACUACACUGUUGCCUUCGCCCCCAACCAAUACAACAACGACACUGUCAUCACCAUCAACGGUCAAGUCAAAACUUUCCCAGCUGUGGGACAAUCUGAGGCUGUAGGGACACUCGUGCUACAACAGCCCAACGCAACCCAGUAUUAUGUUGGUUUCUCUGCUGAUAUUGCAUUGACCGUGUUUGUUGUCGAUGGCGUCAUUUCUAUCCAAAUUUCAUCGAGUACGGCGUUUAACACAAUGGCGCGAGGUUUAUUUGGCGACUUCUACUUCAGGAAUGGAACGCAGUUGAACGUCAACGACUUGAAGUUGAAUAUUACUGGAAGAGAUUCAUUCUUGACUGGAAGUAUUGACCAGGAGAAAGUUUACCCUAUGGGCAAAUCAUGGCAAGUCAAUGAAACAGAGAGUUUGUUCACGUACCCCGAUGGCCGUAACUAUACCUUCUAUAAUCCCUCCAACCACACGCCCCCCUUCCUCACUGCCGAGGUAGCCGCAUUAAACAACGCCACCCUCCAACUAUAUCUAUCGACAUGCGGCCGAGAUAACUUGGCGUGUUUGUACGAUUACGCCGUGACAAGAAACCAACAACUUGCCUUGGCAUCUGGGAACAUCGCCAACGAAGCGCGACAACUCCACACCAUAGCAAGUCCGUCAUAA